AGAGUCGUCUCUCGCGGUUUACUGCUAUAGCUAGUCUCUCAGUCAGUACUCAGUAUCGCCGGCGCCGCCCGCACACGAGCUCUCAGAGUGUCUCUCAGUCGCGCGAUGGCUUUCGUCGAGUACAGUAGUGCUUGUUACAAUACUGGCGAACGCAUGUGUUGUUGUGCUUGAGUGUUAUUUUUUUCUCUCUUCGUAUCCAGUCCAGUGUGCGCGGAUCGCUCUCGAGGAUGGCGCAGCAGAGGAAGCCCAGUCCUAGACUCUCGGCGAAUAUCUUCAGUGGGCUGUUCUUCUGGUGGCUGAAACCGCUGUUCUGCCAAGGCAAGUCUCGCGACCUGACGAGCGACGAUCUUCACGAUGCGCUUCCGACCGACGUCAGCGAGCAACUUGGAGGCCGUUUGGAAAAGUACUGGAAGAACGAGGUGGAGAACGCGCGCCAAAGCGACAAGAAGCCCAAGCUCGUUAACGCGAUAAGGAAAGCCUUUGGAUGGUCGUACUUUUAUUAUGCAGGACACAUGCUCGUCUUGAAUUGUCUCAGGGUACUGCAGCCGUUCACCUUGGGUCUGCUGAUCGAGUACUUCGAGCCUGGCUCUCGUACGGCCAAGAGUCAUGCAUACGUCUACGCCAGCAGCCUCGUCCUCCUGACGUUCCUUCACAGUCUGCUGAAACAUCACAUCGACCUGGCCACGCUCGAGAUCGGUAUGCGUCUGAGAAUUGCUUGCUCCUCCCUCAUCUAUCGUAAGGUGGUGCGUCUGUCGAACAGUUCGGUGAGCGCCAACACCGGCGGUCGGCUGAUCAACUUGCUGUCGAACGACGUCGCGAGAUUCGACCCGCUGUUCAUGUACUUACACUACAUCUGGAUCACUCCACUCCAGGGUGCCGUUCUUGCCUACCUCAUAUGGCGCAAUGUCCAGCUGGCUUCGCUCGCUGGAGUUCUUCUCAUGGCUCUCGAGACCAUCCCGGUACAAGUGUACAUCGGUAAGAUAACGUCGAGGCUGCGGGGGAAAAUUGCAACGAGGACAGACGAGAGAGUUCGGCUGAUGGGCGAAAUAAUUAACGGAAUUCAUGUUAUCAAAAUGUACACCUGGGAGAAACCGUUUGAGAACCUCGUAUCGCUCGCUAGAAGGUACGAAAUUGACGUGAUCACCUGGAUGUCUUACCUUAGAGGUGUAAACAUUUCCUCAAAUGCAUUUGUGGACCGCACUUGCCUGUACUUUACGCUAAUGGCUUAUGUUCUUGCGGGUAACGUAAUAUCAGCCAAUAAAGUCUUCUCAAUGGUUCAAUACUUUACGAUUUUGCAAAAUCUGCUAGUUUACAAUUACCCGCGGGCUAUUUUCAAUGUUGCGGAGGCUCAAGUCUCUGUCAAACGUAUCGAGAAAUUUCUAAUGCUACAAGAGAUUAAAAUAAAAGCGCCAUUGUUAUCAAUAGAAGAUAAUGGCAGUAUAUCAUUAAAAAGUGUGACGGCAUCUUGGUCACCGAAUUCUAUCGUAAACACGCUGCAUGAUAUCACUAUGUACAUAACUCCGAAAAAACUUCAUGCCAUCGUUGGGCCCAUUGGUUCGGGAAAGACUUCACUGCUGCAACUGAUUCUGGGUGAACUGCGUCCCUCCACUGGUGACAUAAAGAUCAAUGGCACAAUCUCAUAUGCAUCGCAACGUCCCUGGCUCUUCCCAGGCACCAUUCGCGAAAACGUGCUUUUUGACCAGUCCUAUGACGAAGAGCGCUACCAGCAGGUGAUUCGAGUUUGCUCGCUCGAGCAAGACUUGGAACAGUUGGCCCAGGCCGAUCGCACCCAGGUCGGUGAGAGAGGUACGAACCUCAGCGGCGGACAAUGCACGAGAAUUAAUCUUGCUAGAGCCGUUUACCGAGACGCCGACAUCUACAUUCUCGACGAUCCGCUAUCCGCCGUCGACGCGAAUGUCUGCAAAUGUUUGUUUAAUGACUGCAUUAACGGCUAUCUAAAAGAUAAAACUAGGAUAUUUGUGACGCAUCAGGUUCAAUGUUUAAAAGAAGCUGACACGAUUUUUCUCUUGAAUAACGGUAAAUUAGAUUUUCGAGGAAAGUUUGCUGAUUUUUCGAAAAGAGAUCUGCAGUUCUUAAAUGUUUGUACAGAAGAAGAAGAAGAAGAAGAAAGAUAUAAUGAAGAAUUAAAAGAAAAUUCAAGAGAAACAAUAGAAAAUAUAAAUAAUGUACAUAACAAUAAAAACCAAGAUAAUAUUAUACCCAAAGAUGCGAAGGAUGACGAUAACGCUGAAAAUGAGCCACAGGAAACGGAAGAACUCAUAGCUAAGGGAAAGAUGCAAAUGUCGAUAUUCACUAGAUAUUUUCACUCCGGAAAUUCUUACUUUUUUCUUGUAUUGAUAAUUCUGCUAUUUGUACUUGCCCAAACUAUUAGAAGUGGCUCAGACUAUUUCUUGGCAUAUUGGACUCGUCAAGAAGAGUAUAGAUGGAAUACUGUCGAAGGAACAACGUCAAAUUUCACAGCUGAACGUUCAGUGUUGAAUUUCACGGAAAGUAAAUCCUCUACUUUCGUACCGAGUACGACAGAAAGUUCUGUAUUUACUAUACCUACAACUGAAAGUGUACUUGACACAACACUACGGGACCUAAUAUCUAGUACAACUACCAUUUUAUCGAAUACAAUACAAAAUGUAUCAACUACGACUGAAAGUAUAUCUGGUACAGUACAAGACUUGAUAACAACUGUAACAGAGAAUCCAUUCUUCAGUACAUCGCAAAGCUCGGUAGCUAGCACAACUGUAAGCUCAACAACUACCGUGAGAAAUUUAGCAACGAAUACAACUGACAACACUUUGUUGAAAACAAGCAUGAUUGCAAAUUCAACUGCCAGUACGCCAAGUACUCAAACCUAUUUAUCAGUGAAUACGACAACUUCGUCAAGUAUUGUGCCACAAAAUCUACUUUUAAGUGUAACAGAAAAACUGGUGUCAAAUUUAAUGUUAAAUAGCACGUUAGAAUCAAAACCGGAAGUCAGCACAAGUACAGAACUUUCAAACUAUUUGAGUGUAGAUAAAGCUUUGAUAAUUUACGGCUGCAUACUAUUGGGAUGUGUCAUUACUGCAGUAUGCAAGAGUCUAUUGUUCUAUAAAAUUUGCAUGAACUCAAGUACAAACAUUCACAACCAAAUGUUUUCCUGCGUCUUAAGAGCUCCGAUGCGAUUCUUCGAUAAGCAAACUUCUGGACAAAUUCUCAAUCGCUUCUCGAAGGAUACAGGAGCGAUGGACGAAAUUCUACCCGCCACAAUGUACGAGUCGAUCGAAGUUUUCUCCAUUAUUUUGGGAGUUCUCAUCCAAGUUCUCAUCAUCAACUGGUAUUCUGUUUUACCGAUGAUCUUCACCGGCUUUCUAUUUUGGAAGAUACGAACAUUUUACGUACCGACGGCUUACGGAAUCAAGCGAUUAGAAGGCGCAGCAAAAAGCCCAGUAUUAUCGCAUGUGACAGCCUCCUUGGACGGCUUGGUAACGAUACGUGCAAGCCGAAGCCAAACGAUGGUAUGCCGACGCUUUGACGCCCGUCAGGAUGAACAUACGCGAGCUCACUUUCUUAACAUCGCUGUAGCAUCUGCUUUUGGCCUCUGGCUUGAUCUCGUCACCGUCAUACUUGUUGGAUUCGUCACAAUCGGUUGUCUGUUGGCCGAUGAAACCAAAACUUUUGCGGGUAGCGUUGGAUUGGCUAUUACUCAGAUUCUCAUGCUGUGUGGUAUGCUACAACGCGGCAUCAGGCAGACAGCAGAAACAGUUACUCAAAUGACGAGUGUCGAGCGAAUACUCCAAUUUACGCAGUUAGAGCAGGAAGAAACGAGACCCGAAGCAAGCGUGCCAAUAAAACCACCAAGCGGGUGGCCGAGUCGAGGUAAAAUAGAGUUUAAAAAAUUCUGCCUACGCUACGGUCGAAACGAAGAGCCAGUGCUGAGAAACGUAAAUCUGAUCAUCGAACCCGGCACUAAGAUUGGUAUUGUCGGACGCACCGGAGCAGGAAAAUCGUCGUUGAUUUCUGCACUGUUCCGUCUGGCUCGUACUGAAGGUCAAAUACUCAUUGACGAAUUCGACACCAAUAACUUAGGCUUACACGCACUGCGCAAGCGAAUCGCGAUUAUACCCCAGGAGCCGGUACUGUUCUCAACGUCGCUCCGCGACAACCUCGAUCCGUUCCACGAAUUCGAAGAUACGAGUCUCUGGGCUGCUCUUGAGGACGUCGAACUUCAUAAAGCGUUCGUACCUCUCGAUCAUCCUAUCGAAUGUGGCGGUCGAAAUCUUAGUGCCGGUCAACGCCAGCUGCUGUGUCUUGCUCGAGCAAUUGUCAAGAAGACGCGCAUUUUAGUUCUCGACGAAGCGACGGCCAACGUCGAUCCGGCCACCGAUGCGCUCAUUCGCAAGACGAUACGCAGCAAAUUCCAAGAAUGCACAGUACUGACGGUGGCACACAGACUUGAAUCCGUGAUCGACAGCGACAAGAUCCUCGUCGUGGAGAACGGCGAGAUCGUGGAAUUUGAUCACCCGCAUCUUCUAUUGCAGAUCGAGAACGGCUGUUUUGCCAAGAUGGUCAGGCAGAGCGGCGAUGCAAUGCACGAGCAUUUGCGUAAAGUCUCUGAGGAGGCAUACAAUGUUAUAAGGCUGAAUAACCAAGUAUCAACGACUGAGGACGAUGUAGCGGACGAGCGAACAAAUAGAAACGGAGUUGUAAAAAGUAACGAUUCCGCCGAUGCCACAGAGAAUUCGUCGGAGAAGCCAUAAACCGACAAUAUAUUUUUAUCCAGAUUAUAAGGAUCACAAACGCGAAUGUGAUUAUAUUUUUCAUAUACGAUAGUUGUUCGAGCGUUUAUUUUUCUAUAAAUGCGACCUAUAUUCAUAAACUCCAGUUCAAAACAUAAUCGCGGAUAAGACUACGCCUCGAAGCUUGUGAUUAAUAAUUACUAUAUAUACAUACAUUACACAUUUUUACUGAAGU